GUAAAACCACUGAAAUGUUGAGGUUUAAGGAUAUUAUUAGCGCAACACUGCUAUGCUUGCUGUUUGUAUCGAUUUCGUUGCAGCAGUCAACUAGACGGGAGCCACUUGUCGAAAUCGAUUUGGGCACCAUACGAGGGAGUAUCUUAAAAACUGUAAAUGGUCGAGAUAUAUUCGCCUAUCGGGGCAUACCUUAUGCACAGGAACCGGUUGGUAUACGACGUUUUGCAGCGCCAGUAACACUGGCUUACUGAAUGAUAUCAGUCAAAACUUUGCAAGCUACGCACCAGAACUUUUCUUGUAUAAAAAUUGGUCGACUGGAAUGGAAAGUGAAAAUAAUGUUUGGCGUGGUGAAAAGUUAGAGCUAUUUUAUUUCGGAAAUCAUACAAACAUAACUGAGGGAAAUCUAUACCCAUUUGGACAUGUGUUCUCGGAUGGUCUUAUUGGUCAUGGUGUAUAUAAGUUGGUACGGUUGGCUAGUAGACUCAUGAAUGUUUUCUAUUACCGCUUUGAUUAUGAAAGCAACCCCAGCUUGAAGCCUGAUCACAAUGGAAAUUCUCAAGGCGUCGUUCAUGCGGAUGACUUGAAAUACGUUAUGCCGAGCAGAUGGUAUGGUCCUCAGUUUGCAAUGGACUCACCUAAUAUGUUUAUGGUAAAGCGCAUGGUACAUAUAUUCGAAACUUUUGCCAUUUGGGGUUCAUUUGAAGCGAGCGAUACUAUUGAUUGGCCAGCAGUAGACCCUGAUGAUAUUAAAGCACUCUACAAUAACGACGUGAUGCAUGUGGGUCAGGUUCCUUACCUUGAACGAUAUGCAUUGUGGGAUGAACUUUUUGCACAAGAAGCUAGUGGUGUAAGUCCACUACGACUCUCUGCUUUAGUCGCGUUGAUAAUUGCGGGGGUUGCAGCCGGAAUUUUGUAAAAGUUAAAAUUACAUUAGUUCAAUAAUUGUAACAGUGUGUGUUUAGAUGGAUAAUGCCAUCUAUUUAUUGCCUACAAUUUUAUCUCUUUAGUAAGACGGAAUCUCUAAUCUAAAUUGUUGAAUGUUAAAAAUACAUUAACUAGGUUGGUCUUCAUAAGAUGUAAUUGAUCUUCGAUUUUUGUGGCAGAUAUAUAUAUUGAUAAUCUACAUUUUGACAAUAAAAAUACAUACAAAUAUUUUUGUUUAUUUUA